AUGACAGCGGAGUUUGACAGUGCUGGGCCUGGGCCUGAUGGUGCUUGGUCAUAUUUUGCCAACGAAGAAGGCAGACUCUCACUGAAUAGGAGUGAGGUUGCGGCAUUGGGUGAUAUAGGCGGUUCGUUUUGGGCAUCGCGCGACUGGUAUAUUGUUCAUUGCCUAUUUUCCUGGCAAAAAUACCAUCGUAUGCGGCGCACCAAGAUCAUCAUGGAGGAACGCUUUGACAUUCUGCACCAUGUCAAGCACUGCGGUCGGCUAAUACGCAAUCCAACGCCGGAUCACAUUUUCCUCAUUGAGGUUCUGGUGACCAUGAACUCAAGAAAAGAUGUCUGA